AUGCCCCCAUUGUCCGAAAAAGUCAAAGGGAGGAUCUCCGAGCCCGUUGCUGCAGCUUUCGUGGCCGGGGGCGUAGCUGGGGCAGUAUCUAGGACUAUUGUAUCGCCGCUUGAACGUCUGAAGAUCCUUUUGCAAAUACAAAGUGUUGGACGGAACGAAUAUAGACUCUCUAUCUGGAAAGCGCUUGUGAAAAUAGGCAAGGAAGAAGGCUGGAAGGGUUAUCUGCGGGGAAAUGGCACGAACUGCAUCCGCAUUGUGCCGUACUCCGCUGUUCAGUUCGGCAGUUACAAUUUCUAUAAGAAGUUUGCAGAGCCUUCUCCUAAUACGGAAUUGUCACCAGUUCGUCGUCUUAUCUGCGGAGGUGCCGCAGGGGUCACAUCCGUGACCGUGACCUAUCCUCUGGACAUAGUUAGAACUCGGCUCUCUAUCCAGUCAGCCUCGUUUGAAGCGCUUGGCAAGCGAGGUGCAGGCGAACCAUUGCCGGGCAUGUUCACAACCAUGGUCCUAAUAUACAAGAAAGAAGGAGGUAUCAUAGCAUUAUAUCGGGGAAUUGUCCCUACAGUUGCUGGUGUCGCGCCAUACGUCGGCCUGAAUUUCAUGACCUAUGAGUCCGUCCGCAGUUAUCUCACGCCAGAAGGCGAGACGACGCCAAAUUCCUUUCGUAAAUUACUAGCCGGCGCUAUUUCCGGGGCAGUGGCGCAAACAUGCACAUAUCCAUUUGAUGUUUUACGUCGACGAUUUCAAAUCAAUACAAUGUCGGGCAUGGGCUAUAAAUACACAUCAGUUCUAGAUGCUGUUAAAGUUAUCAUGGCGCAGGAAGGUCCACGAGGCUUAUUUAAAGGGAUUGUGCCUAAUCUUCUUAAAGUGGCCCCGAGUAUCGACUUGGAUCGCCACCAUGUGCGCAGCACCCACCGCAAGGCGCCCAAGAGCGAGAACGUUUACCUGCAGGUCUUGGUGAAGCUCUAUCGAUUCCUCGCCCGUCGCACGGAAUCGAACUUCAACAAGGUCGUGUUGCGUCGCCUUUUUAUGUCCCGGAUCAAUCGCCCCCCUGUCUCCAUCUCCCGCAUUGUAUCCAAUGUGACCGACUCGCACAAGGGAAAGACGAUUGUUGUGAUCGGCACUGUCACUGACGACAACCGCCUUCUCACCGUGCCUAAGCUCUCGAUUGCUGCCCUCCGCUUCACUGCUACUGCUCGCGCCAGAAUCGAGAAGGCGGGUGGUGAGACUCUCACCCUGGAUCAACUUGCUCUCCGCGCCCCCACCGGUGCCAACACUCUUCUUCUCCGCGGCCCCAAGAACGCCCGGGAGGCCGUCAAGCACUUCGGCUUUGGUCCCCAUAGCCACAAGAAACCAUAUGUGCGCAGCAAGGGCCGCAAAUUUGAGCGGGCUCGUGGACGGAGAAGGUCUCGCGGCUUCAAGGUUUAA